AUGAGAGCGAAUCAGAUGAAAAGGAUUCAGAGAAUGAGGAAGAAGAAAAAUAAUAACAAGAAAAAACAGAUUAAAAAAAUGAUGAUGGAGCUUAACAAGAAGAAUUUAAAGAAAAAGAAGAAGUAGAAGUAAAAAAAUAAAAAAUUGAAAAAGAAAUAUUUUAAGAAAUAGAAGAUCAAAAGAAAUAUCAAUAAUAAAAAGAAGAAAAAUAAGAAAAUGAGGAGAAAAAAUAAAAUGAAUUUGAAUGUGAAAUCACAAAAAAGGAUUUAAAACUAUAGAAUUUAAUUGAAAGCUUGGUAAGUGAAGAUGUUAUAAAUUACUAUUCUAAUUUAAAAGAAUGUUGUUUUUAAGUUAAAACCUAUUAAUUUGAUUAGUCUUACAAAUAAAUUAAUUUAAAUCAAUUUCUAUCUUAAAUAAAAUCAUUAAGCAGGUUAAAUAUUUCACAUUUUUAUGAUCAUUAUGAAAAUGAAGAAAUUAGUGUUUAAAAAGAACAUUUUGAUACAUUAAAAUGUACCAAUUUGA